GUGAAUUUGGCAAUGAUAACUGACUUGGAACGCAUGACUGCAAUGUUCUUCCUGAGGUGACUGAAAACUGUCAACAUUGGCACCUAAAGCGCUCUCUCUCUCUCUCUCUCUCUCUCUGCUCCACUCUACCCAUCAAGGACAGACACGGCAAAGUGAGGGAAGAACAGUAGCGUUAACUCUCUCUCACCCUCCUCUUUUCUCUCCCGUCAUCUUUCUGUUUUCUCCUAUCCAUUGUUCUCAUUCAUCAUACUUGUUCUUCUCCCACUCUCUUUUACACUCACUUGCUCUCUUUCCCUCACUCGACUGCGCUCGCUCGCUCUCUCCCUCCCUCACUUUUUCUCUCAUGAAUGUCACCUUUACUGGUGGUAGCCACUGGAUUUGCGCACACACCCACAUACACACACGCUUGCUGGCUUUGGGGUGGGGGUGGGGGGGGCAAUGUAGGGCUGUGGGGAGAGAUAGCGCGUGCCAGAAGAGGCAGAAGGGAAAUUUCUCGGAGUCCAUUCUUCUUUUGCCGACUCCCGUCCUGCGACUCAAGGCUUUGUCCAUCCCAGCAGCUGAAGCAGAAGUGCCUCGGGACGUGGGAGCGCUGGAUUACUGCUCCAGAUUAUUUAUUUUUUUAUUUUUUUCCCCAGCACAACUAAAGUUAGCCAUAGGGACUAAAGGCUGACCAUCUGCCCGUUUCUGACAGGAUCUGUUCCUGAUUUGAGUCGAAUAAUUCUGCUGCUGGUGAGUGAAGAACUUUCUACGAGGACCAGCCAUGUGUGGGUGAGAAAGCUCAUCGUUUCUGUGUGCUAAACUUUAGCUUUGUUUAGUGUUUUUGUCUUCAGGAACAAGACACAAGGGGAGGGGAAGGGAGAAGAGAGGGAGGGGGGCAAAUAUGUCGGCAAUGUCGCAACAAUGACUUUGUCAGCCUUUUUCUGUAUCUUUCUGUGGAAAUGUGACCACGUUGAUUUUCAUUUUACGGAUUUGUUGUGGUGUCGAUAUGUAUUUAGCAAAACAAACAUAAUGAAGGACAAACCAUGGACAGGUUGUGGGUGGACCAGAACUUAACCUCUUCCCUUACUGGAGGGAAACACACGGACACGUGAGGAACCUACCUGAAUUCUUGGCUCACCGUGCGAAGUUUGACCCCUGAUUUCUAUCUCUUUGUACUGCUGGUAAAAAGACAAGAGCAUCCAGAGAGGGUCUCUUAAGCAAACAGAGACCCCCCUCCCAAAGGUGAGAGGGGGGGGGGAAGAUGGCAGCUCUUGCCAGUUCUCUCAUCAGACAAAAACGGGCAGUCAAGGACGACCAAGCCAACCGGCCAAUAGCCAACAAACGGAAGCCUUGCCCCAAGAGCAACAAGUCCCUUUGCCAGAAGCAAAUUCUUGUUCUCAUAUCAAAAGUACGGUUAUGUGGAGGCCGCAGAGGAAGAACAGAAAAAAGACCAGAGCCACAGCUAAAAGGCAUCGUCACCCGUCUGUACAGCCAGCAUGGACACUACCUGCAGAUGCUGCCGGAUGGCACCAUGGACGGCACAAGGGACGAGAACAGCUGCUUCUCACAGUUCAACUUGAUUCCUGUGGGUCUGCGGAUAGUGGCAAUUCAGGGAGCGAAGACUGGCUUCUACCUGGCCAUGAACAGCGAGGGAUACCUCUACACCUCCGACAAUUUCAACCCAGAGUGCAAAUUCAAAGAGAGUGUGUUUGAGAACUACUACGUGACGUACUCCUCCAUGCUGUACCGCCAAAGCCAGUCUGGACGCUCGUGGUACAUCGGCAUCAACCGAGAUGGCCAAGUCAUGAAGGGCAACCGCGUGAAGAAGACCAAAGCGGCAGCACACUUCCUACCUAAAGUUAUCGAAGUGGCCAUGUACAAGGAACCUUCACUGCAUGAGCUUGUAGCGGAGCAGAGCCCUCCACGCAAAACUGUAAAGACUUCAGACUCCCCUUCUCACAAGAACGCCAGGAAAGAGGUCCCUAGAGCUGACGCUUCAUAGCACAGGGGGCGCACACAUGGAGGGUGAAGGGACUAAACUGACACUGAGAACUCCAUUUUCCUUCAUGCAAUGAGGACAGGAAGAGCUGUGUAAGUGGCUGCCAUCUGUGGGUUUUUGAAUGGGGCGAGAUCAGACAGCAGCCCAUGGCUCACUGAAAUGAGCGGAGAAUCCCUGCUGCUCUCCGCUGAACCAGCUCACAUAUAUUUCCACUGACCUGGCAUGACACCUGACCUCCCGUACGAUCCCUUAAUCCUCUGCAAAAACAUGUUUCUUUGCCCCCACAUUGCCCUACUUAAGUUCUCUCAGAAUGUGAGACGAAAAAUGCAAACAAUAUCCAUCCUAACUGAAGAAUUCAAUUGACUUUUCUUUCCCUACGGUUUCUUUUUGUUUGAAAGAAGAGUUUUGGUGUGGGAAUGAUAGCGAGAGAGGUUAUUAUCCAAUAUCAUCAUAAUGAUUCCAGCAGAUGAGACCCUCGCUGGUUCAUUUUUUUCCUGCCAUCACUUUGCCAAUGGCUGCUCUGUGCCAGUCAGAACUAUUGGAAGGAGUGCAGUAAAAUUAGUUUUUAUUGGACCAUUCAAGGAGAAUCCAGUUCUAUUGUUCAGCAGGUGUAGAUUGAUUCCUGCUGGGCCACUGCCAGGGAAGCCAAUGGCACUGUGCAGAAUUUGUGAUUGGGCAGCUUUUUAGAUUAAACAUAACUCUGUAGUUCCACUUCCUUCCACUGUCUGAUAUUCUCAGAAACAACCCGAUGAUGAUGAUAAUGAGUUUAGAUUGAAUCCACAACCCAAACACAUCUGUUUUUGGUUUAAUUGUGGCUAAACCUGCAGGCUGUAAGAUAAAAAAAAAAGGAUGGGGGGGACUUAAUUCUCUUGGGACGACUCUAUUCAUGUUUAAUAGCCAGUGGGCUCGAAGCGACAUCCGUAUCAUUGGAAAACGAGUGGAGAUUUGGGGCAAUUGUUUGAUAGCUCUUUGAUGGAAUUCUUACAGGGGAUUACAUGGAGUCCAGCCAUGAUUGCUUGAAUUAUUUACUCCUUUUCCCGGGAACGUUCUGCUUGUUCAAGCAGUUCAGAUGAAAGAUUUUAAUAUGCAAAUUUAAAUUGUGGUGAGCCGAUCAAUGACGCAGUGUUUGUGUGCAUUUAGACGUGAGUAGUAGAGUGUGAAAGAGACAGAAAGAUGUGAAAUGAACAUCUGCUUCCAUUAUUUAUUUAUGUGUGUGUGGCUGUCUGGGCACACAUGUGUAAAUGCAUUGGCUUGCACACCAUAGAUGAUCAUUUUAAUGGUUCUAUCAAAUCUGGGCAUUUUAAUCUGCCUGGAAAUGUUGACUCAUGACCCUCUCCAGGUUUCAUAAUUGACACAUAACCAAGAGUAAGUGCUGUGAAAUCCAGGAUCUCUUUGUAAUUUAAAAGGCAUCUUAUCAGUCUACACACACCACACUCCGUAAGUUGUUUGCAAUGUGUGUGUUUGAGUCAACCAGCUUCCAAAAGGUGCCCAUUUGUCCUACAGAAGGGAAGUGAUCUCCUCAUUGAUUAUGACAUCAUGCAUUUGUUGGCCAAUAGCAGCCGCUGGGGCUCUAGCGAGGCACGAGGCACAACCUGAGUGUCUGUAGGUGUGAUAGGUUCACAACUUUGGUUUUGCUGUUAUUCUGUCUGAGAAAGAUCAUUUGUUGAUUCUUAUUUCUGUUCGCAUGGACUUAAUGUCCUUGAGCUGUGCCCUAAACACCUGAACAGCAAAAUAAAUAAAUACAUAAAUACAUAAAAUGAAUCAAACUUUGACUAACAAUAUUAAAUCAAAGGACUUAAAAUAUUUAGGAAAAUGCAACAGGAAGUCAGCAGAAUGUGUAGUGAAUGUUGGUGAAGGUUUGAGCAUGUUGCAGAAUGUUUUUAGCAUGUUGAAGCAUGGUACGUGUCUUGAUGAAAGUUAAAAGCAAGUUGAAUAUUAAAGGAAUAUUCCAGGUUCAACUGAAUCAACAGCAGAUGUGGCAUAAUGUUGAUUACACCAAAAUGCAUUUAAACUUCCUUAUUUUCUUUAGAAAAAAGCAAAAAAAAAAAAAAAAAAAAAACCUUUCUAGGUUACAGUGAUGCACUUGAAAUGAAUAAGAAUAGGAUACAUUUUUAGCUUUUCAAGCAGAAAUUUGAAGGUUUUAAUUUUAUAAAACACUUACAUUUAUUGUUCUGUUUAUUAUAGCUGUAAAGUUGUUUAAAUUACAAUUUUUUUAAUAAUUUCGUUGUCAUGGCAAGUAAAAUUGAAUACACCUUUAUACUGAAAAAGUUAGUAAGCUUUUUUUACACUAAAAUCAUGUUAACAUGCAAAUUUUUAUAUUGUAUGGCUAUUUUAUUAAAGCAGUGAGUAUUUUAAGGUUUAUAGAUUUGCCCUCUACACUUUCAUUGUAAGUGACUCACUGUAACCGAGAGAAAGAAUACAUUUUUGUGUUAAUCAACAGAAUGCCACAAGUGCUGUCAAUUGAGCUUAACUUGUAUCGAGCCUGGAACAUUCCUUUAAAAGGAACUGUAAUGUGUAGCAUGAGAAAGUCUAGAGAAAGUUUGGUUAUGCAAGACAAGAGUUGGGAUGAAGAUGAUUCGCCGGCUGCGAGAGUCUGUAAAAAUCCUGAGGGCAGCUCUGUGAUUGAAGUUAGCUGGUGGAGAGGAAGAUGGCUUUAGAGGCAUUAGAUUAUGAGGAGCAAAGCCUGAAGAUCAUUAAGUUGGAUUCUUGGAGGAGAGCGUGUGCUUUGGCACUAAUGAUGAGAGUGAGAUCCUGUUCUGUGAAUUAGAUAUGAAUUCUUGCUGACUGAGUGGAAGACGAGGAACAGGGGCCCUCUGAGAAUGGGGAGAGGGGAACGCUUAUGUGCGUACGUGCGGUGUAUCUACCUGGUCCGACGGAGAUGUUAAGAACACAAGGACGAACGUGGCGCACACACGCCCCCUCGUGUGCUCCAAAGUCAAGCUCCAUUUCCUGAGCGAUCUCCCCAAACCCUCUCCUGUGUGUCCAGUGGCUAUUAACCUUCCCUCCAGCUCUGUGUGUAUAUGUGUGUGAGUGAGAGAGAGAGAGAGAUAGAGCGAAGUAACGAUCGAUUGACUCAAUAAAAGCCAAACUGGAAUGCAAUAGCCCAGCGCUGUGAGCAAUAAUUUCCCUGUGCAACCAAGGAACCCGAGGACAUUAUCAGACAAUGAACUGAGUGUUUUUUUGGAGGGGGUGGGGGGACUUUAUCCAAUCGGCGAGAACGCAGCGGAGGAGGAGACGACAUGGAGAUAAAGUGACAUUCAGAUCGUAAACCCAAUUUUGGUAUUGUCAAAUGGCCACUCUCGGUUCUUUCAGACCUGAUUUUGCUCUGAAGUUGCUAACAUUAUGGUAUCAGAACUCUCCUGACUCUCGCUCUCUCUUUUAAAUCAGGGCAAGUUCUCAAGGACACAUUGAGUCCACCCCUGUUUCAUUUGCCCUCAAUUCAAGCAUGCAAAAAGAGUGAGACGAUCAAGGGAACGCUUAUGAAAUUUUCAUGCUGUAUUUUUGUGACGAAAAAUAGAUUUCAUACUAUCUAUCUCAGAGGAAUAAAACAGAGCAGAAUGUGUAUAUAAAUCAAAGAAUGAUUAAAAAGUAAUAUUAAAUGCAAUCAAAAACUGUACAUGGGUGCUUUUGGGGAGAUGGACUGCCUGGUCUUGUGAAAACUGCUGUGAGCCAUAAGGACUGUGGACAUGUACAGAUUUGAGUUUCUUUUUGUAUUUGUUUUUAUUAAAUUGUAAUAUUAAUUGCAAAUGAAGGCCAUUUUACCCAUAGUAAAAGUGUCAUUUUGAAAAACUAAUGGGUACUUCCUUGAAAUUUGCUUUUAUAUUUAGUGGAAAAUAUGUAUGAACCUGAAACCUUGCAUUUGUUUUGAUUGUUUUCUUUUACUGCUAUAUUUUCUCUUGUGCAAACUUGUUUUUACAUGUUUUUUUUUUGUUUUUUUUCAUUCUCUUUUAAAAAAUUUUCUUCCAUAAAGCUGUGCCGUUAAUGGACUAAUUGGACUUUCUGAGACCUCCUCACCCACACUUAAACACAUGAUUUGAGAUUUAAGCAAAAAAGAACACUCAAAAAAAAAACAAAAAAAAAAAACACUCAAACUGAAACCUAAAAGCCAACGCACCUUUUUCUGAUUAGGUCUUCCAAACGAAACGAAUAAGAAAACAAGCCAUUCCUUUUCUUCCCUGUCCUCUUGUCUUCAAAAAAAAGCAAAGUCUUCCAAUAGCCAGGGCUUGCCUGAGUGUGGCAGUAACUGCCAAACAGAACAUAGCUUCCUGCCUAAGCCCCGCCCCUGAUCUGACAGUGAAUGCAGGAACAGGCUGAUUGGCUGACAGUCACCAGAGGUGAAGCUACACACACCUGCCCUAUGAAAAAGCAUUGAGGCCUGCAUGGAGACUCGAUGAAGGCUGACCAUAGACUAACAGCCUGGGCCAUCUAGCCAUCCCCUGCACCCCUAACCAGCAUGGCGGACUUGCUGCUCUGAAAUCCAACACAACUGGGAGAGUACUGGGACUCUACUGCAUGCAUCCCACUUCGGAAAUACUAGGAAAGCACGGGAUCUCCUUAGCACCAUCUCCUGGCCUCCAACUUGCCAUCCUGUGUACAUUUCUAGAGCAAUUAUACAUCUCUGGGUUUGGAGGAGGAAGGGGGUGUGUCUUAUUAUUACAUAUUAUUGAAUAAACAGUUAUAUUUGUAUUAUUGUAA